AUGCAGACGCUUUCCCGACACCCUCGAGGGCGGUGGGCUACGCUUCAGUUUCGACAUGACCUGAUCUACAUAGUGACAGACUUCCUCCGCCAGGCCUUCGUGGGCCUCAAGCUGCCCCCGGAGGUACGCCUCGAGUUCAAGGGUGGCUGGAACAGGCUCAUUCACCGACUGGCUUUCGACAGCGAGUUCUGCCAAACUUGGUCCGUCCUCAUGCGCGGACCAGGAGUAGGGGUCCAGCAGGAUUGGCACAGCACGCGCCUCGACAGAUUCAUGACAUUCCUCACCACCUGCACCAGCCUGAGGCAGCUUGUCCUCACCAGGCCGGACGGGAUCGGCUUCGACGGAUGGGCAGAGCUGUCUCGUGCUGACCGAACGACCCUUUCCGAGAGAAUGACUGAUUGCUACGGAGGCUUGACGUGCCAGGCGAGUGAGCGGUUCCCGGCGGAGGCGGUCAAUUUUGACAAGACUGCGUUGUUCUUGAGGCAGAUCAUCCUCGGCGACCUGCAGUCCGCAAUCCAUCGCAAUUGGGUGGGCAAGGUAAAGACUGGAUACCCUGUGCUCAGGGACUUGGAGAUAUGGAAGAUGGUGCAUUUCAGUCUCGAGCUCCGGUGGCUCUGCAAGGGGAUAUCUGACUGCAUGAGCGGUUGA